CCUGGAGUUGAGGCGGAGAUCACAGCUGAUGCGGGAUGGCAGGGCGCUCUGGAGGAUGCAAUUCUUAUAUUCGGAUGUGAAGAGAGGAUUUUUAUUUUUGGGGGACGCACCUUGUAUUUUACAAUCAGCGCAAACCUGUUUGAAAGCAAUUUAUAAAUUAUUUUCAGUGCCUUGCCAUAAUUUCAAUUUCUAUAUACAUUUAGCUUCCAGGAGCAUCACGAAAAUGAUUGGAAUGCAUUGAUACUAAUGACAAUGUUUAUCCAAGGCUGAACACUUUUUCCCGUGCUGUGAGGGUGACUGCUUCUUUGAGAUCCGCUGAGACGAUUGUAUCACUGAAGUAAAUAUUUAACUACUGUAUAUAUUAUUUUGUACAUACUACUGGGACUGGUGGAGAUGGCGGAUCCAGCAGAAUGCAGCAUCAAAGUAAUGUGCCGCUUUAGGCCAUUAAAUCAGUCAGAGAUUGAAAGAGGAGACAAAUAUAUUCCGAAAUUUAAAGGUGACGACACCGUUGUUAUUGGGGGCAAGCCGUAUGUCUUUGACAGAGUUUUACCACCAAACACAGCUCAGGACCAAGUCUACAACUCCUGUGCAAAGCAGAUUGUUAAAGAUGUCCUUGGAGGAUAUAAUGGAACAAUUUUUGCUUAUGGGCAGACUUCCUCUGGUAAAACACACACUAUGGAGGGUAAGUUGCACGAUCCUCAGCUCAUGGGAAUUAUUCCUAGAAUUGCACAAGACAUCUUUGAUCACAUUUAUUCCAUGGAUGAGAACCUGGAAUUUCACAUCAAGGUUUCAUACUUUGAGAUCUACUUGGACAAAAUUAGAGAUCUCCUAGAUGUCUCAAAAACAAAUCUUGCUGUUCAUGAAGACAAGAAUAGAGUGCCAUAUGUCAAGGGUUGCACUGAAAGAUUUGUGUCCAGUCCUGAAGAAGUUUUGGAUGUAAUUGAUGAAGGCAAAGCUAACCGCCAUGUUGCUGUUACAAACAUGAAUGAGCACAGCUCCAGAAGUCACAGCAUUUUCCUGAUAAACAUCAAACAAGAAAAUGUGGAGACUGAAAAAAAGCUGAGUGGCAAACUCUAUUUGGUCGACCUGGCUGGUAGUGAGAAGGUUAGCAAAACUGGGGCGGAAGGAGCUGUUCUGGAUGAAGCUAAAAAUAUCAAUAAAUCCCUUUCUGCUUUGGGCAAUGUUAUCUCUGCACUGGCUGAAGGAACUAAAACCCAUGUUCCUUACAGAGACAGUAAGAUGACCCGCAUUCUUCAAGACUCUCUUGGGGGCAACUGCAGAACUACAAUUGUUAUUUGCUGUUCUCCUUCAAUUUUCAAUGAAGCUGAAACCAAAUCGACCCUAAUGUUUGGACAAAGAGCCAAGACGAUCAAGAAUACUGUUUCUGUGAACUUGGAACUCACAGCAGAAGAAUGGAAGAAAAAAUAUGAGAAGGAAAAGGAGAAAAGUAAAAGCCUUAAGAAUAUUAUUCAGCGUUUAGAGAUGGAGCUCAACCGUUGGAGGAAUGGAGAGGCAGUUCCUGAGGAUGAGCAACUGAAUGAAAAAGAUCAGAAAAACUUUGAACUCUGUGACAACACUCCUGUUAUUGACAAUCUUGUACCCCCCAUCAACUUGAUCUCAGCAGAAGAGAAAACCAAAUAUGAAGAAGAUAUAGCCAACUUGUAUAAGCAGUUAGACGACAAGGAUGACGAGAUUAACCAACAGAGUCAGCUGGCUGAAAAACUUAAGCAACAGAUGCUUGACCAAGAUGAGCUUCUUGCCUCCACGCGCAGAGACUAUGAGAAGAUUCAAGAAGAGCUAACAAGGCUACAGAUGGAAAAUGAAGCAGCCAAGGAUGAGGUGAAGGAGGUGCUUCAGGCUCUGGAAGAACUUGCUGUCAACUACGAUCAGAAAUCCCAGGAAGUGGAGGAUAAGACACGAGCUAAUGAGCAACUAGCUGAUGAACUUGCACAGAAAACUACAUCUCUAGCUUUAGUUCAGCGAGAGUUAAACCAGCUUGAGGAGCUCAGUAACCACCAAAAAAAACGUGCAGCAGAGAUUUUAACCCUUCUGCUAAAAGACUUGAGUGAAGUUGGAAGUAUCAUCGGCACCAACGAUGUCAAAAUUAUGACAGAAGUGAAUGGCGUUAUUGAAGAAGAAUUUACAAUGGCUCGUCUCUACAUCAGCAAGAUGAAAUCUGAGGUGAAGUCUUUAGUGAACCGCAGCAAACAGCUUGAGACCACGCAAGCUGAAGGAAACAGGAAGAUGCAGGCCACUGAGAGGGAACUAGCAUCCUGUCAGCUUCUCGUGUCCCAGCACCAAGCCAAGAUCAAAUCCAUGACUGAUUACAUGCAAAAUAUUGAACAGAAGAAAAGACAGCUUGAGGAGAUGCAGGAUUCUCUCACUGAAGAGCUGGCAAAGCUUCAUGCACAAGAAAAAAUGCAUGAAAUCUCAGUUAAAGACAAGGAAAAGGAGCACAUGACUUUGCUUCAAGAUGCGGAAGAGAUGAAGAAAACACUGGAGCAACAAAUGGAGAGCCACAGAGAAGCCCACCAGAAACAGCUUUCUAGACUACGGGAUGAAAUUGAAGAAAAGCAAAAACUGAUUGACGAGCUCAAAGACUUGAACCAGAAAUUGCAAUUGGAACAUAAACAACUCAUUUGUGAUUAUGAAAAGUUAAAGACUGAAGAGCAGGAGAAGGAUAUGAAGCUUCAGAAACUUAUCAUUCUCAAUGAUAAAAGGGAGCAAGCAAAGCAGGACCUUAAAGGACUGGAAGAGACUGUGGCCAAGGAGCUUCAGACACUUCACAAUCUUCGUAAACUUUUUGUUCAGGACCUCACUACUCGUGUCAAGAAAAGUGCUGAACUGGACUGUGAUGAUGGAGGGGGGAGUGCUGCGCAGAAGCAGAAAAUUUCCUUUCUUGAGAAUAACCUGGAGCAACUUACAAAAGUUCACAAACAGCUGGUACGUGACAAUGCAGAUUUGCGUUGUGAACUUCCAAAACUUGAAAAACGUCUUCGAGCUACAGCUGAGAGAGUUAAGGCCCUGGAGACUGCACUGAAGGAGGCAAAGGAGAAUGCCAUGAGGGAUCGCAAGCGAUACCAGCAGGAGGUGGACCGUAUUAAGGAGGCAGUGCGAGCAAAAAACAUGGCAAGGCGAGGUCACACUGCUCAAAUUGCUAAGCCAAUUCGACCUGGGCACUAUCCAGCCUCCUCACCCACAGCUGCCAACAGUGUUCGUGGUGGAGGUGGAGGAGGAUCGUCAGCCUCUGGCUGUUAUGUGAAAUAAGCGUUUUGGAAUGUCAUCCUGAAAAGCACGUGCAGAACACCUUCACAUCACACCGCUUUUCCUGCUGUUGAAACUGCUGCUUUCCAAUGAUUCAUCAUCAGUCCUUUUGAAAGCUUAAUGUAUAAAAAAAAAACACUAGCAUUCCCCCAUCUUUAAUGCAGAAACACCUAAUAGCUGGCAGAUUUAAAAGAUAAUUAAAGUAUUUUCUCUGUUUAAACCACGAAAGUCAAGGAAUGAGUUGCAUAGUUGAACACCACCAUGCCAGUUGUUACUUCAGUAUCUUUACUAUAUGAUAACCGUGUCCUUUUAUAUAUCAUUUGGGGAUAAGGGAACUGGGGUUUUCAAAGCUGCUGUAUAGAACACAUUACACUGGUGUUAUUUAAAAAAAAAAUCACUGGAAAACUUUUGAGCUUGUAUUUAGUCAAAAAAAACUCUUCUAAUUGUUAUCUGAGAUUUAAAAGUAUUCUUUCUAUCAUGGUGAUACAGGGAGGGAUUAAGGGGCUUCGUAUUGAAGUGUUUUACAAUCUGGACAGUUUGUUUUAUUGCAUUUCUACUGAUAAAUUAUUAGUGGACAUUUCUUGCUGUUGUGUUUCUGAACAAAUGUGAAGAAGCAAGUCUUUUUGUGAAGAGCAUUGCUAAAGGAAAGUGAUGUCUAUAAAGCAUUUUUUUCAUAGAAAUGAAGGAACAUUAUAAAACAGAUGGUAUCUAGGUUCCAAAAACAAAUCCUGUUCUGCUUGGUGAAUGUCUGGGAAGGUGUUUGGGACUAUGCAUCUCCUUGGCAGCUUCUACUAGGAGAGCAGUCUGAAGAAUGGCGUGAGGCUGCUGCUUUUGUUAAGGGUAUUUGCAGAUAAGCAGGCUCAGUGAAUGUCUUUACUAACAGGCACCUCAGAAGGUCUCUGCUAAAUGCCAAGGCGUUUCAGAGCACUUUAUUUAACAUAAACUUACUAUCACAAUGUUUGCACUAUUUCUGUUACAGUAUUUUUUGGGUUAAUAAAAAUAUUAUAUUUUUGCUGUA